CUUGGCGCAAGCGAUGCUGACACAAUUGGUCAUGUUUUGGGAAACAAACCAGAGACGAUUAAACCCGACGUGAAACAAAAAGAUCAGUCUAAACUUCCUGAGAAGAAAUCAAAAGAAGAAUCAUCUUUGUCCAAGAGAAAAGCUGUUGAUGCAUUCGAACUUCUGGUGUACAGACGGAAGCACCACUCAAGGUUAGAGCUCUGAUAGCCGUGACACUACCUGUGCUAUGAUCAAGGCUAUCAUGGAAAGUAGCUGGCCAGUCAAAAUGAUAGUAACCGGCCAAAGAUAUAGUAUGGUAACGCGAGACUACUAAGAGGGGUCUGGGUGCAUUCCCCCUGAAAUCUAAACACCCUGAACUGCCAUUUUCUGCAUUUUGGAUGUGAUUUUACAGAGUUCUGAAGAUUACAAAACGUCCUAUAUAAAAUGCGCAAAGACCUGACCAUCUUAGAAUCAUUGAAUAUUUUGUUUCAAUUUUGAUAUUUUGAAGUAGAGGCGAUGAAAAGAAGAAAGUAUUCUACGGUUUAUUGCUUAAGUUUUGUUUAUAUAAAUUUUGUUGAGACAAAAGUAGGCGGCCGCAGAUAAGCAAGUAGCCAGUCGUUUUAACGGUUAAUGACAGGCCUGGAUAUAAGAUCAGGGAUUUAUUUUCAAGCACUUUUCUACCACUGAUAUAUACGGUAGUAAAACCUCAUAUAAACUCUCGCUUGUGAACUCUCAUGGAACUCUUGUUCUCGUUUGGUCAAGCAAUAAAAGUUGAGAAAACUCUCAUGUAAACUCUCGCAUGCAUUGUCAUGUCUUUCUAGGUUGACGAUCGAGAAUCUUCGACCCAAGUCUCCCAAGGCGAAAAACAAAGAUGAUGGCGGAAAAGGCCGUGGGGGAUGGGACCUGGUGGUCCCGCGUGGGCUACCCGUGGGAUGCGUGGAAUUGGGGGCUCGGGAUAGGAGGAAGGGGUGGGUUAACUAGGGGUAUUGGGUUUUCUAUCCGUGGUAACCGGGGGUUAAGUAGGGGAGGUUUUCCAACCCGAUAGGGGAUGUUUUCAACCCUCUGUCUGUGUAUCUCUGUCUGUCUGUUUGUCUGUCUGUCUGUUUGUUUGUCUGUUUAUGAAUGUUGUUGAUAAUCACACUCCAUUACUGGAAAAAAUUCAAAGAUGCGAGAAAUACGUGCAAUAAUAAUAUUAGACAAGCAAAAACCGAUUAUUACCAUCAAUAUUUUAAAACAAAUUCAGGAAAUCCAAAAGAAAUUUGGAAAUCAAUCAAUGAGCUAAUGUAUCUUAAUGCUAAGUCAGACGGGAUCUCUCAUCUUACGUGCAAUGAUAGAGUGAUCAGUGACUCAGCUGACUUAACAGAGUGCCUUAAUAAUCAUUUUGCAGAAAUUGGGUUGAAAUUGAGACCUGAUGAACCGGAUGAAUUAAAUAAUUGCGGUUUUGGUGAUUAUUUAAAACAAGCGGAUACGGUUUUCACGUUAGAUUUGACAACACCAAGUGCUGUUUUUAAGUUACUCUCUUCAUUGCAGGAAGGAAAAACAAUGGGUCUUGAUGAGAUUCCGGCUAAAUUGUUAAAAUGUGCCGCGUCAGUGAUAUCAGACUCGUUAUGCAACUUAUUUAACUGCUCAAUAGCAACUGGUGUAUUUCCAGAUGAUUGGAAAAUUGCAAAAGUUGAGCCACUUCAUAAAGGAGAUGCAAAAGAUCUUUUAAAUAAUUACAGACCAAUCUCUAUUCUAAGUGCU